AUGUCACCAUUUUUAAGGUUCAGGAGCUUUCCCUUUCUUUCUCACUCUCACUCUCGCUUUCAUUCUUCCUUUCACAAUGUUGAUGAUGCUGUCCCCUUUCUUUCUCACUCUCACUCUCACUCUCACUCUCACUCUCGCUUUCAUUCUUCCUUUCACAAUCCUGGUGAUGCCGUCUCACACUUCAAUCGAUUACUCCAAAUGCAACCUACCCCACCCAUUUUCGAAUUCGGUAAGAUUUUAACUUCCCUCGUUAAGACGAAGCAUUACUCCACCGCUAUAUCGCUUUCUCGCCAAAUGGAGUUUACUGGAAUCAAGCCAAGCCUUGUUACUAUGAACAUCUUUCUCAAGAGAGGUUAUCAGCCUGAUACCAUCACCUUCAAUACUCUCAUCAAAGGUCUCUGUCUUCACGGCAAGGUCCCCAAAGCACUGCAAUUUCAUGAUGACGUGCUAGCUCAGGGAUUUCGGUUGAACCAAGUCAGUUAUGGAACCUUGAUCAAUGGCCUAUGUAAAAUGGGUGAAACAAGAGCUGCUUUGGAGUUGCUUAGGCGGAUUCAAGGGCGAGGGAUUAAACCUGAUGUGGUAAUGUACAACAUCAUCAUUGAUAGCCUGUGUAAAGAUAAACUUGUAAGUCAUGCUUGCAAUUUAUAUUCUGAAAUGAUUGUCAAGGGAAUUCCUCCUGAUGUAGUCACGUUAAGUGCUUUAAUAUAUGGCUUUUGCAUUGUUGGUCAAUUGAAACAAGCAAUUUCUUUCUUAGAUGAAAUGACAACAAAAAACAUCGACCCAAAUGUUUAUACUUUUAGUAUAUUGGUUGAUGCUUUAUGCAAGGAAGGAAAGGUGAGAGAAGCUAAGAACAUGUUAGCUGUGAUGAUGAAGCAGGGUGUGAAACCUAAUGUUGUUACUUAUAAUUCUUUGAUGGAUGGGUAUUGCUUAGUUAAUGAAGUGAACAAAGCCCAAGCUGUAUUCAACACCAUGACCCAAAUGGGAGUGUUUCCUGAUGUUCUGAGCUACAGUAUCAUGAUUAACGGAUUAUGUAAGAUGAAAAUGGUGAAUGAAGCCUUGAAUCUCCUUGCAGAAAUGGAUUGCAAAAUGAUUAUUCCUGAUAUAGUGACUUACAAUUCUCUUAUUGAUGGUUUAUGCAAAUCGGGGAGAGUCUCUCAUGCUUGGGAUCUUCUUGAUGAGAUGCAUGUUAGAGGUCAACCAGCCAAUAUAAUCACCUACAGUUCUUUAUUGGACGCUUUAUGCAAAAGCCAACAUGUUGACCAAGCCAUUGCACUAAUCAAGAAAAUUAAAGACCAGGGUAUUCAGCCCGAUGUGUGGACGUACAAUAUACUUCUGGGUGGACUGUGCAAAGGUGGAAGAUUGAAGGAUGCACAAGAGAUUUUUCAGGAUCUUUUGAGAAAAGGCUAUCAUAUAGAUGUCCAUACAUAUACCAUUAUGAUCAAUGGGCUUUGUAAAGAAGGUUUGUUUGAUGAAGCGUUGGCCUUACUGUCAAAAAUGGAAAAUGAGGGUUGUAUUCCUAAUGCUAUAACUUUUGAAAUAAUUAUUCAUUCACUCUUUGAAAAAGGUGAGAAUGACAAGGCUGAGAAACUUCUUCGUGAAAUGAUUGCUAGAGACCUAUUGUAA